CAGCCACCGAGUUGCUCCAGUGGGCGAGUUGCAGCAGCCGAGUUGGGUCGAGUGUAGCGAGCUGUAGCCAUCGCAUCAGUUCUUGCCGGUAGCAGUCGUAGCGCUGCCCUACAGGAGUGUUGCUCCACUUGCUCUGCUUCUUCCAUGAGUUUCUUCUCACCUCCCUGAAAACGGGACUCCAGAGAAUGGCCACUAACUCAGAACCUGGAUUCCAAGAGGCCGAAUUGUUGCUGCAUUUAAGAAGCGGCAAUAUUCAGGAUCAAACAGCGGAUCAAGAAGGGCAGCAAAUGCACGAUGAUGUGGAGAUGAAAAGCACUGGCUCGAGUGGGACUGAUUCAAAUGGGAAUGAGAUUUCGGAGAGUUCAAGCAGUAUUGCCAGCCAUAAUGAGAAAGAUUCCGCUUUGCACUUGGAUUCAGUAAAGAGCAGCCAAAGCUCCAAUUUUCAGAGCCACUGCAGCUCAAAUGGACUCAGCCUCAUCAGUGCUAGCUCAGAACAGGACAACCCUUCAACAAGUGGUUGCAGUAGCAACCAAUCUGCUGAAGCAAAGACACAGAAAGAGUUGCUGAAAGCAUUUACAGGCUUAAAAAAGCACUUGCCUUCUGAAAAGAUGGCCAAAGGAAAAUCUAGGACCCUUUCUACACUGAAGUAUGCAUUGCAGUGCAUAAAACAAGUGCAAGCCAAUGAAGAGUACUACAAGUUCCUCAUGAAUGAUGACACUGAAUCAAAUAGCUUGAGCAUCAACUCCUUCUCCAUUGAUGAAGUAGAAAAUAUUAUUUCUGAAUACACCUCAAAGAAUGCUGAUGUCUUUGCUGUUACUGUUUCCCUAAUCACGGGCCAGAUUGUAUACAUCUCUGACCAAGCCGCCUAUAUUCUGAACUGCAAUAAUGAAGUCUUCAAAAGCAAGAAGUUCACAGAACUCCUUGCUCCACAAGAUAUUGGGAUUUUCUACAGCUCCACAAAGCCUUCUCAACUUCCUUUGUGGAACUUGUGCCAAGCAGCUGGUUCAUCCCCUUUCGAUUGUAUGCAGGUGAAGUCCUUCUUCUGUCGGAUUAGUGGAAACCAACAGCGAGAUCGGAGCACCCAUUACUAUCCAUUUCAUGUGACGCCUUAUCUUACAAAGGUUCGGGCAUCUGAUGAAGACAAUGACCAACUAUGCUGCCUGAUGCUUGCUGAAAGGGUGCAUUCGGGAUAUGAAGCACCAAAGAUUCCCCAUGAUAAGAGGGUUUUUACCACCACGCACUCACCUAGCUGUGUGUUCCAGGAUGUUGAAGAGAGGGCUGUUCCUCUAUUAGGCUAUUUGCCUCAGGAUCUCAUAGGAAUGCCCGUAAUGAUGCAUCUACAUCCUGAUGAUCAACCUCUCAUGCUAAGCAUUCAUAAAAAAAUACUGAAAAAUGCUGGGCAACCUUUUGAACAUUCACCAGUCCGUUUCUGCACACAAAAUGGUGAAUACAUCACAAUUGACACCAGUUGGUCCAGUUUUGUCAAUCCCUGGAGCAGAAAAGUAUCCUUCAUUAUCGGAAGACACAAAGUCCGAAGAGGUCCUUUGAAUGAAGAUGUGUUUGCUGUUCCGGGCUGUAGUGAAUUGAAGGCAUUUCAUCCUGAAAUCCAGACCAUCACUGAGCAGAUUCAACAACUCUUGCUGCAGCCAGUAUACAAUAAGCGUUCCAGUGGGUAUGGAAGUUUGGUCAGUAGUGGAUCCCAUGCACAGAUCAUCAGUGUUGCCUCUUCCAUUGAUACUAAUGGCAACAUCAAUGAAGAGAGACAACUGCACAAACCUAUGGUGGUUUGGAAAGCUGGUAAAGAUGCCCACACAGAAAGAAUUCGAGGGCUGACAGAAUUCAAUAAAAUAAAGAGUGAAUCAAAGUGUAGACACAAAACUGGAACACAAAAAGAGACAAGUAGACAGACUAAAGAUGUUAAAGCCAGCCCAUCCAAGGGUAGUGGAACCAGUAGUGCUGGAAAGAACAUACUCAUGGAUGGACCAAGAUGUGAGGAACAUUCUGGAUAUUGCUAUCAGCAAAUCAAUUGUCUGGAUAGUGUCAUAAGAUAUCUGGAUAGCUACAAUAUUCCAUGGACUACAAAACGAAAGUGUGGAUCUUCAUCGCCAUCGGAUGACGACAAACAAAAAGUUGAUAUGGUGAAUGAUUCUAAAGCUCCAUUAAAGUCUGCAAAGAAGAUGCCUUCUGGAGCGGUUGUUGGCACACUUCUGGCACCACGUGCCUUGCGAAGGAAGGCAGCGAGCAUCAUCAGUCCAGGAAGUUACAGAAGCACCAUUGUUCAUGUGGGAGACAAGAAAACGCAGGCAGAUGCAGAAAUCCUAUUGGAAGAUGGACUUGGCAUUGCAGAUCCAGCAGAGAACAUGACAUCUGCUACACUGGUCACCACAGCAUCUUCUGUGAAUCCGGAAAAGAAAGCAUUCAAGAAACUCGGUCUCACCAAAGAAGUUCUAGCUGCUCAUACACAGAAAGAAGAGCAGAUAUUUUUGAGCAAGUUCAAGGAGUUGAGUAAACUAAAACCAUUUGGAGCUACUUGCAAAUCCUCUUUGCAAUAUCGGCACAAAGGAUAUUCAAGGGAUCAUGGAUUUGCGUGGAACCGUGGAGAGCCCACGCACAAAAAGAGCAUGAAGAGUAGGAAGCCGAGAACGAAGCGCAUCAAGCAGCAAGGAUCAUCAGAUGGCGCGGCAAGCGGCAGAACCAAUCGUAGACUCCACCCUUGGCCCGCACCAAUUACUGCAGUCAUACCUACCUACCAGCUGCCGAUGUAUCCAACCCCUGGGGGCAUGCCUUUUGUAGCCGACCCAUCUGUGGCCAACGUUGUUGCUCACGCUCUUUAUUACAAACCUCAGACUCCACCAUUUCCCGCGCCCCUCGUAUCCCCGCUGGUGGCAGUUGGGUUGCCCAAUUACGUCAUGUCUCCGGGACCCGAGACGAAGCUCCAGCCAAUUUUUGUAAAUACGCCGCCAUUCCCUACGCAACCGAACCUUUUACCCGCGUGGAAUUUAUUCACGGCUCCGGCAGCCUUUACACCGCAGCAGCGUGACCAGCCAGCAGACGAUGAGAAGCUUUCACCUGCACCAGGGCGUCAAGGGCAACAAGGCCACACUUCCCCUCCAAAAUCCCAUUCUAGGUACAUUUCACCUUUGCAGCUGAACCUGCUGGAUGUGGGGCCCGGAUCUACAAAAGCAAUUGGACUUGUAGCUGGAAAUGAAUUAAUGGUGGACCGAAGAGUAAUGACAAACAACAUGAACGGUACAAAUGUAGACACCAUUGAGAAGAAUGAAGCAGAUCUUAAUGAAUCCCCUGCUGAAGCCCAGAACAGUGACUCUCGUUCCACUUCCACUGACAUGCUGAAGCUGUUAUUGCAGUCAGACAUCGACUCUGCCGGCUCGGGGAGUAUGGAAUCGACACGGUCUGCUUCCUCGGGCUCUCCGUCCAAUGGUUGUGGAAUGUCCGGAACUGACACAGGUAGAAGCUGCUUGAGCAGCAGGAAAUAUUUUGGAAGCAACGACUCUGACAAUGAAAAAAUAGAUGAGAGAUCCAUGAUGACCUAUCAACUACCAUUGAGGGACAUUGAAACUGUUUUGAAGGAGGACAGGGAAAAGCUGAAAGUGAUGCAGAGGAACCAACCCAAAUUCACAGAGAGACAAAGAAAAGAAAUUGCUGAGGUCUCACCCUGGUUUAUAACGGGUGCACCACCAAAAACCAUUGACAUCAUGGAUAGGAUCUUCCCUGAGAAAAAUGCAUCACAGAACAUUUCGUCAGCAUUGGAUACGGAAAUCCAUAAUCUGGAGUUUAGUGGACUGAAUGACCCAGGACACGAUGUUGGUUUUCAGGCCACGAACAUUGCAAAUGAAGGGCAAAACCCUUCAGGAAGUGCAGACCCCAACCUGGCAGUAGAAACAAACACAUUUGGAAACUCUGCAAGUUGAGGUCUUCAUCAUGUACAAACGGACACGUGCUUUCUUGGUAUGAAUGCACAGAGCUCUUUUUUGGGAGUUGAUGAAAAUUUCAUCUCACCUUAAGUUGAAGAAAUUACAGUUUGAAGAAUUUUUGGGGGAAAAACUUUGUGUUAUUUAAUAGCAUAAAUUGUGUUGUGUCAUGUUGAACUACUUAUGACUAUCUACAGUUUUUUAAUGUACAUGUCCAUGGAAUCCAGUAUUAUUGUAUCUGAUAUUCUUGGAAUCUUUCAAAGUAUCAAUGUCUGUUGUAAAUGAAUUGGCAUUUUUUGAUAAUUUAGCCAUAAAAUUAAUUUUAUAGUUCUUGAUGCUUGUUCAUUUUAGCUUCUAGAUAAAUAUCCUUGUGCAGGCUUGUAAUCCAAUUUACAAAGUUUCAACUGCCAGUAUACUUUUGUUGUCACAUACAUUAGGACAGACAAUGUAACAGAAUGUUCCACUGUGUGGAGAUGUACACAAGAGAUUUUUUUUUUAAUGGGCUAUAAUAAUAAUAAUUAUUAUAAGUUGAAACAAAAUGCAUGCAGAUUGCUGGACCUAGCAUUUCCGCUAUUCACUCUAACUCAUUCUAAAUUGUGGACACCAAUUUGAAUAUGUACUAAGUUUGGAACUUUAACAUUUUCGGUGUAUUCCAAUGAGCUCCAAAGUCCAGAAAUGUAAACACUGGUGAAUGGAAGCUAAUCUUUGUGAUUUUGGAUGAAAGCAAUAAACAGAGAGCAUUAGAAAUAUACAAAUAAACCAACAGAGCUGUUUAGAGA